UGCCAGCAAUGCCAAGCCGCUUGCUCCGAUCAGCAGCAACCUCAGGUGAUCCAGAUUGUUCUCCAGCAAAGCAUUGCCCAGUCACCACAAUGCCAACCCCAAUGCGAGUCCAGCUGUGUAUCCCAAUGCACCCAACAAAGCCAACCCGUAGCAUCUUGCCAACCAGCAUGCGUCCAGAGCUGCAGCAACUCGUGCCAAGCUGCCGCUUCGCAACCCAUCGUCGUCUCCUGCCAGCAAUCAACGACCCAGCAAUCAUCGUGCCAGUGCCAAACUGGAUAUGCACCAUGCGCUAACA